CAACCUCAGACAGAACCCCAAAACAAACUCAUCAAACAAACCUCAAACAAAAUACAAAACAUGGAUUCUUCUACUUCCUUCACUUCACCACUCUUACAUGACCUUCUUGAAGGAUUCCACUCAAGAAGAUUGCUCCUUCAAGCAAACCCCCCAGCUUCAACAAUCAGCCAUGAUUCAGAAAAAGCAUAUCUUGGGGAUGGUAAUUUUGAUGCAAAUGUUAUUAUGGUCCUCUCAGUCCUGUUGUGUGCUCUUAUUUGCUCGCUGGGUUUGAACUCCAUCAUAAGGUGUGCACUAAGAUGUUCCAAUUUAGUUGUCAUAGGUGACUCAGUUACCAACUCUCCAACUAGAGCAGCAAACACUGGAGUCAAGAAGAAAGCUCUCAAGACUUUCCCUGUAGUAAGUUACUCUGCUGAACUGAAUUUGCCAAGUUUGGACUCAGAGUGUGUGAUAUGUUUGUCAGAGUUCACCAAUGGUGAAAAGGUGAGGAUUUUGCCUAAGUGUAACCACGGGUUCCAUGUGAGAUGCAUUGACAAGUGGCUAAGCUCACACUCAUCAUGCCCCAAGUGCAGACAGUGCCUUAUUGAGACUUGUGAGAAGAUUGUUGGGGCUACUACCUCAUCAUCUCAACCUCAACUUUCUGUUGUUGUGGUCACACCAAACCUUCUGGAUCCGGUGCUACUAGAAACAGUUGUGACCAUAGCACCACUCGAGCCGGAGGGCAUGGUGCGUAGCUACAGGGGAAUUAGCUAGUUUAAUUAGUAUAUAUAGUCCUUUUUUUUCUAUUCCAAUUACAUUGUGGUUGAAGUUGUGGAAUUGGUACCAUGGCUUGUGAGUUUGCGACUAGAAUGCCUCUGAUUCUAGUUCUGAUCACUAGUCACUCACCCAACUCAACCAUAAUCAAUUAUUGGUGAAGGUGUACAUAGUGUUGAAACUAAUUAGUUUAACACCAACCCCACUAAAUGUAUAAAAGUAGUUCAAUUUUGAUAACAUGUUUGGAUCCACAA